UAAAGGCUGAGAAUAAAAGCAGAGCUUCAGUCCAGACUAGUUUCUCCGUCUCUGUCAGAGUUUCUUCUGUCUUCCUCAUCAACCAACUCAAACAGCGGUAAUGGGAGGAGCAGCACUGAGUUUAAAACGUCACUUUGCAGAAAUGAAAGUGAAAGUUUGUCAGAAUAAAGCCUGAGCUGCCAUAGAAAAACACGUCCCUGUUCCUCCUGAAGACGAACUAAGUUCAUCUUUUCCUUUCCAACAACAGACUCUGAUUCUGAGUUCAGACAUGUCUUCUAGCAGCAACCUGCGGUCUGAGGAUCAGUUCCUGUGCUCCAUCUGUCUGGAUGUCUUCACUGAUCCAGUCAGCACACCAUGUGGACACAACUUCUGCAAAGCCUGCAUCACUCAGCACUGGGAUGGAAAUGUUCUCUACAAUUGUCCUCUGUGCAAAGAACAUUUCACCUCUAGACCUCAGCUGAAGGUCAACACCUUCAUCAAAGAGAUGGUUUCUCAGUUCAGACGUGAAGCUCAGCAGGAAGCCAUCAGCAGCAGCAGCUCAGAGCAACAAGCUGCCAAACCAGGAGAAGUUCCCUGUGACGUCUGCACUGGAACCAAACUGAAGGCCCUGAAGUCCUGCCUGGUGUGUCUCCUCUCCUACUGUCAGACUCACCUGGAGCCUCAUCUGACAGCUCCACGUCUGAAGAAACAUCAGCUGAUGGAGCCUGUGGAGAACCUGGAGGACAGGAUGUGUCUGCAGCACGAUAAACCUCUGGAGCUGUUCUGUAGAACCGACCAGACAUGUGUCUGUUCGCUCUGUCCUGUUUUGGACCAUAAGAACCACGAGUUUGUUCCUCUGAGAGAAGAAACUGAAGGAAAGAAGGCAGAGCUGAGGAAGACAGAGGAUGAAGUUCAGAAGAUGAUCCAGAACAGACGAGUGAAGAUUCAGGAGAUCAAAGAGUCGGUGAAGAUCAGUAAAGAUGCUGCAGACAGAGAGAAAGCAGAAGGUGUUGAGGUCUUCACUGCUCUGAAGGAGUCUGCUGAGAGAGGCCUGAAGGAGCUCAUCAAGGAGAUCGAAGACAAACAGAAAACUGCAGAGAAACAGGCUGAAGACUUCAUCAAAGAUCUGGAACAGGAAAUCUCUGAGCUGAUGAAGAGGAGCUCUGAGGUGAAGCAGCUCUCCCAGUCUGAAGACCACCUCCACCUCCUCCAAAGCUUCUCCUCCCUGAAAGCUGCUCCACCCACCAAGAACUGGACAGAGGUCAGAGUCCGUCCACCAUCAUAUGAGGGGACUGUGGUGAGAGCUGUGACUCAGCUGGAGGAGAAGAUCAGGGAGAAGAUGAAGAAGAUGAUGAAGGCUGAGAUGAAGAGGGUCCAGCAGUCUGCAGUGGAUGUGACUCUGGAUCCUGAUACAGCUCAUCCUGACCUCAUCCUGUCUGAUGAUGGAAAACAGGUGAAAGCUGGAGAUGUAGAGAAAGAUCUACCAGACAAUCCAGAGAGAUUUUCUUGGUGUGCUAAUGUUUUAGGACGUCAGAGUUUCUCUUCAGGCAGAUUUUACUUUGAGGUUCAGGUUAAAGGAAAGACUGACUGGGAUUUAGGAGUGGCCAGAGAGUCCAUCAACAGGAAGGGGAAGAUCAAACUGAGACCUCAGAAUGGUUACUGGACUAUUUGGUUGAGGAAUAGCAAUGAGUACAAAGCUCUUGCUGGUCCUCCAGUCCGUCUCCAUCUCCAUCCUGGUCCUGAGAAGGUGGGGGUGUUUGUGGAUUAUGAGGAGGGUCUGGUCUCCUUCUAUGAUGUAGAUGCUGCAGCUCUGAUCUACUCCUUUACUGGCUGCUGCUUCACUCAGAAACUCUACCCAUUCUUCGGUCCCUGUAAGAAUGAUGAAGGUAAAAACUCUGCUCCUCUGAUCAUCUGUCCUGUUAAUCAGGCUGAUGGUUGAUCUGAUGAAGCUCCAUGAAGAAUAAAUCUGUUGGUGAAGAACCUCCAACCUGAGUGACUCUGUAGUAAAAUCCUAAUGUGUCUGAUUCCUCUCUGCUAUUCAUGCAUCAUCUCCAAGCUCAGCUCCAGACCCUCAGAUCUUCCAUCCAUCCAUCACUUCCUUCAUGCUUCAUUUAUUUCAGGUGUUUCUGAUCAGAGACAUUAAACAAAGUCAGAUUCAGGAAGUAGCAGCAGCUUCCUGUCCACAGCUCCUCUAGUUUACAGGCCCAGUCUGUGGUUUGGCUUUAAAACUGAAAACUAGAAACAAACUGUUUAAAACUAACAGAGAAAAAGACUGAAGGAAAAACCCAGAUAGAUAAUGACAGCAGAUAAACAGCAACGGCUGCAACAUGAUGUGGUAAAGAGGCCCAGCUGUCAUUUUUCAAACUGGGACCAUUAAAAGUGGGCUUUGGUUCCAGGUUCUUGACCAGAACCAUGGUUCUCCUGCAUCAUUUUAUAGUUUUCUCCUCUUUACUGGAGCUGAACUCAACUGUUGGUCGGAUCAUUGACCAGAAGGGAAUAAAAGGAGACUCAUCUGGGAUUGAUUGAUUGUUUUCCUCUUGAUGUUUUCAUGUUUCAGUUUAUUGGUUCAAUUUUAUUGAAGUUGGGGUUUGAUUUGUUUUCAUUUGAUGCUCAGAUUAAAACUGUUUAACUGGAGAAACUGUAAAACCUAAUAAUGGCAUCUAUGUUUGGUUGGGAACGAUUAAAAUCAUUCAGAAAA